GGAGAGAGAGGGAAUGUGUGUGUGUGUGCGUGAGAGAGAGAGAUAUAGAGAGAGAGAGAGAGAGAGAGAGAGAGAGAGAGAGAGAGAGAGAGAGAGAGAGAGAGAGAGAGAGUUUACAAUUUCAAUCCAACCAAUGAGACGGUCGAUACACUAGGAUUUUCAUAGUUGUGCAGGAGCACAAAGUGAGCUGAUUGUGUGAACUUCCAGGUAAAACUGCAAACCGUCUCUAGCCCUCGAGGCUGCUCCUCCAGGCUUUGAUGCCCUCACUCUUUGAAGCAGGUGGACAGACGCAGGCAUGAGUAACAGUGGGACCAAAGAGCCGUCUCCCCAGCCGAGCACUGCCCAGUCACCUCCUGAACCUCAGCGCAGAGGCAGGGGUCGGCCACGGAAACAGCAGCAGGAGCCUGUUGGACCACCAACUCCAAAGCGACCGAGAGGACGACCGAAAGGCAGCAAGAACAAAGGACCCAGAACUGCACUGAAGAAAGUGGAGCCCGUUGGGGAGAAACGACCACGUGGGCGACCAAGGAAAUGGCCCCAGAAAGUAGUUCAAGUAGCUGAAGAGCAGCAGGGCUCUUCAGAAGAGGCUGAGGAGGGUCCCUCGCAGCUCAAGCCCUCAACGUCUCAGGUUCCAGCGCAGGAGGAAGGGGAGUAGAUAGGAUGCCUCUCUACCUACCUCAAGGUUUGGCCUCAAACAAACAUGGAUACUGUCUGGCUCCUAUCUGUGACUGGGAUUCAUAAACAAACACACACACAUACACACACACACACACACACACACACAAAAAUCAUUGCAGUGGUUUCUUCUCCCGACCUGAUACUGUAUCCUGGUUUUAUUGGUUCACUGUAAGAGUUUGGUGAACAAACUCUGUUUUAACAUUGAAUAAUUUGAUCUUUGGACAUGUUUUUUUUAAGGGAAUAGUUCGACAUUUUGGGGAAUACGCUUAUUCACUUUCCGGCUGAGAGUUGCAUUAGAAGAUUGAUACCACUCUCAUGUGUGUGCAUGUGUGCGGUAGAGCUAUUGUCAGCAGGUUAGCUUAGCUUAGCACAAAAACUGGAAACAGGAGGAAAUAGUUAGCCUGGCUCUGUCCAAAGGUAACAAAAUCUACCUACCAGCACCUCUAAAGCUCAGCUCAUUAAUUAACAAGUUAUAUCUCAUUUGUUUGAUCCGUACACAAAGUGGAAAAACGACAAUUUUUUGUUUACUGUUUACAGAGGUCAUGUGCCUUUUGAGUUUUAAAGGUGCUGGUAUGUGGAUUCUGUUUGUUUCCAGUCUUUAUGCUAAGCUAAGCGCGCUUGCUUGAUGGACAGGCUUGCAGGUUAAAAUGAGAGAAGUGUGGGUGGGUAAAGGAACCAACCUGAACCUGAAGUUUUAUUGAAACAUGUUUUUAAAUCAAGUGGCAUGAAUCCUCACAUGAAAUGGGAGCAAGACGGUGACAUUUUUAGCAAUGUUACAAUAUAAACAUGGUGCGCUGAAGUCGUUAUUAUGAAAGUAGACGUGAAGAGUUUUCUUCCUCAAUGAAAUAUCCAAUAUUUUAUGUUCUUUGCUCAGAAUAAAAAAUGCAAAGAAUUACAUUAGAUCAAUUGUCAAUGUAAGCAAGAGUUCAGUUCAGAUUAAUAAUCUCAAUGUUUGUUUUUUUCCUUCUAACCAGCAGCAAGAAAAAAAGCACCCAAAGGUUUAAAUGGAUGUCUCAUUUUUGGAAAGAAACCCUUCAUAUAUACUUUAGUCAACAACAGUGUUGACGUGUCAUUUUACCACACUCAGGAUUUUACUAUUACAGUGCUUUUACACCAUAUUGAAACCUCAGGUACAAAGCUAUUCAGGAACAUGUUGUCAGUCUACUCAGUAAUUAUUGUGCUGUGUUUGUUGUGCAUUUCUGAUCUGUAUUUGACAUUACCAGUAUGCCUUGACACAAAGACCUCAUUUAAACCUCAGUUGUCCUCAGCUUCUUAAUCUCUCAUACUACCUCAGUAACACAAACGAUCUCCAACAAAGUAACUCUCCACUCCCUCAGCAGCACACACACACACACACACACACACACACACACACACACACACACACACACACACACGUUCAUGUGCAGAUAUACAACACAGACAGGCAAAGGGUUUUCAGGCCUACAUACAAACACACAAACACAAUCAGCAGAGGAUUUUUACUAUGGGUGUAUAGAUAAAAGCCUCAGUGUCAUUUAUUU